AGGGGGACAGAGACAGGGGGACAGAGACAGGGGGACAGAGACCCCGAGAGGGACAGGGACCCCGAGAGGGACAGGGGGACAGAGACAGGGGGACAGGGGGACAGAGACCCCGAGAGGGACAGAGACCCCGAGAGGGACAGCGAACCGAAAGAGACAAGAUGCUGACCCUGCCGCCCAUCGUGAAGGGCUCCGAGGCGCGAUCGGGGGCCCAGGGAGGGAAGGGAUCAGGGACGACCCCCACGAAGGGGAACUCCCACCACAGAGGUCCCGCGAGUCUGGGGGCCCGGGGAGCUGAGGCCGGGGGCCGCACCACUCACAGGCUGCACGUGGACCCGCUGCGCGACGUGUGCACCUCCCUGCUCCGUGAUGGUCACGUGGGCGCCUUCACGGAGCUGUUCCGCGCCGUGCGGGAGCGUCGCGCCGCGCGCCUCGCCGCGGACCCCGGCUCCACGCUCGCCCUGGAGCCGCCCCUGGAGCAGCAUCCGCGGGAGCUGCACGACCUGGCGGCCCUCCUCAGUCGCGCGGAGGACGCGGCACGGGCCGGAGACGCAGACGCACAGUGCCAGACGCUGCUCUCCCUGGCCGAGCGCUUCAGGGGCAGUGGCGUGGCGCCGUGGCUGGAGGGACGCGCCCUGCGCCUGUGCCUGGAGGCGUCGCGCGAGGCAGGCGGGGGGCCACGCGAGGCCGAGGCCCUGGCACGGCUCGGGGAGGCGCGACACGGCCACGGGGACCUCGAGGGGGCCCUGCCGGUUCUGCGGGAUUACCACGCGCUGGUGCGGGCCCAGGGUUGGCGGGACGCGUCGGGACGGGAGCACGAGGCGCGCUCCUCCACCCUGCUCAGCCGCCUCCUCACGGAGCUCGGCCGCCGGGCCCUGGAUAGAGGAGAGGCCCAUGAGUCGCUGGGGCCCCUGCAGGAAGCCCUGAGCCUCGCCCGUCACGGGCAGGAGAGCCGUGCACAGCAGGAGGCCUCCUACUGGCUCGGCCUGGCGCUGCUGGACACGGGCGACACCGACUCGGCACUGCAGCGCCUGCUCGCCGCCGAGGAGUUGUCCGUGGCGCUGCAGGACGCGGCCGCGAGGGCCCGCGCCACGCGCUCCGUGGCGGAGGCGCUGCUCAGGCUGGGCCGCGUCUCCGAGGCGCAGCGUUCCCUGGAGCGGCUGCUGGAGGCGACGCGGCAGUCGGGGGGACAGGAGGAGGAGCUGCUGGACGCGAGCUGUCGCCUCGCGGACAUCCACCUCGCCAAGGGGUCCGCGCGGACCGCGUGCCGCCUGCUGGACGCGGCGCUGGAGCGUGCCCGAGCGGGGCCCGCUGAGGGGGCCUCGUCGUCCUCGGUUCCCCGCGGCCUCUCCGAGUCGCUGCUGACGGAGGUGCGCGCGCGCUGCGGCGUGGCCCGCGCCGCGCUGCUCUUCCCGGCCCUCGCCGCCGACCUGGCGCUCCCCGGCCUGGCGCGGGCCGGCCCCGCCUCGGGCCCCGCCUCGGGCCCCGCUCGCGGUGCCCUCGAGCGCCUCCUCGCCUGGAAGGACUCGCGCCGCGGAUACUCCCUGGAGGCCGAGUUGGGAGCCGAGGGGGACGAUGACAAGGAGGAGGAGGAGAGCGACGACGGCUCCGAGAGCCCCCGGGGGGACGUGGGCCCGAGCGGAGCUCAGGGGGUGGGUGGGGCCGUGACCUCGGCAUGAGCGGGGUCAAGGGGCUCGUGGGACCCCCGUCGCGGGGUCGCGUGGUGUUGCUCGUUUAUGUUUCGCCUCCUCGCUUGGCGCCUUCAUUGCGAAGCGUGGGGGUGGGGAUCUCUCUACUGAAGGCCACAUCGGACUUUCAAAUUACAGUCCCCCCAUCCCCAGCCCCACACACCCACGAACGCACCCACAGCUCAGCGAGACGCCCUCUUGCAUUGGCACGAGUGGCCGGGCGUUGCGCUAACACGAGACGCGUUUUGCUGUUGCCAGGACGAACGUACCCCCCCCCCCCCCCUCGAGUAUCCGGUUAGUGCGGCUAAGACGCCCGCAGUGACGGACAGACGGGGCGGAGUAAAUGAAGUUCGAGCCGCGGGCCGUUGGGGGGUCCUCCACCUCUGCCGAUUCGUUUGGGUUCCUCUCCCGGCCGUUCAGUUGGUUUUGUUCUCGCUCCUCGCGGUCUCCGCGCUGUGCGGGUCCCGCGGAGGGUCUCUGGUUCCGCAACCUCCACGCGCCCUGCCGCCCACCCCCCGCUCCCCCCUCCCCUCCACCCCCCGCUCCCCCUCCCCUCCAUCCCUCCCCACUAAUAAAGCAUCUCUUUAACGCUAAUUUGCCGACGCCCAUUAAUUAUUGACGCGGAGCCGCGCACCCCGAGGGGUAAUGAGUUAGAGCCCCCCCCCACUCCCUCUCUCCCCGCUCUCUCUCUCCCUCUCUCCCCGUCGCGGACCCGGCCUCCCCGUGGAUCCGCUCCGUGAGAAGCUCGCGGGCGCAUGCGCGGCCGCGGGCACAGCCUGAGGCGCAGCCCGAGCGGGGACCGGCGGGCACCCCCCCCCCCCACUGCUCCCUCCUGCACUCCCUCCCUGCUCCCCACCCCAUGCUUCCCUCCCCUCAACCCAGCGCUCCCCUCACUCAUCCGCAGCCCUCCCUUCUGCGAGGCUCCCUC